AAAUCUUAUGGCUACAUAGUUAUCAAUGUAAACAAAAAUUAUAUUUAGGGAGCUGAACAAAAUGUGUGGGUUUCUCUUUGAUAUGAUUCAUUCUCAGACAUAUAAGAUGUCUUGUGAAAACCUCAUCUCUCAUUCAUCCAGGUGUUUAUAUCGAGAACGUCAUGGACUUCCGUGUUUCCUCUCUUUCGGUUGUUUUAUUUGUUAUGUGUAGAAUUGGAAUUUGUCUUGCAAAUCUAAUACAAGGGGAAGCGACAUGUUCGACCAACAUCCCGAACGGAAUUCUAGAGAGAAACUGUACAGGGCACGUGGGGUCCUACUGCCAGGUCGUCUGUAACAGAGGUUUCCGAGUGCGUGAUGGUGUGCUGGGUAUAUACUGCAAUAAAGAGAGGAGGUGGUCUGUUAAAGAAACGGGGAUUUGUCAAAACGUUGACGGGACCUUCUCGGAGAAUUCGUCGCUAAAUACAGAGGCUGGGUUAGUUGGAGCUGUCGCCGGGUUUCUGACUGUGUGCCUCAUUUACAUAGCCGUCAUGAUGGUCAAACAGAAAAUCAAGAAAUUAAAUGACAGUGAUGACUUUUCUUUACGAACACGUCGAGAAAGCGUACAGCGGAAUGACUACUUAGAAACAGUGUCCUUUAUAUCGCCCACUAUUAACCAACCUACAAGUACGUGUGCAAGUGAAGUGGGAGAUAACCGACCAGCGGCCAAACCAAUAGAUGACCUGAAAAAACCAGGAAGAGUCGUACAGUCUAGCCACGAAAAAAAGAAACAUAUGUAUCAUAACGUGUUUUGGAAAAGCUCAGCUUAUGAAAAUGUGUGACUUUUUUAAAUUAUGUAAAUCAAGACAAUUUGUACAUGCAUUUCUUAAAACGAUCACAAUUUGAUAAAACAUGAGAAUGUAUUAAAUGUCAUUUUAAAAAGCUUUAAUACAAUUACAAUUAAUAUUUGAAAAUUUA